CAGCAGCAUCUCUGUCAUUCUCUCUGUUUUAAAAAAUCUCUCUCAUUCUCUUUUCUUUCUACAUCUUUAUUUACGUUGUAUAAGACCAGCGGUUUUUAAACUCUUUCCGAACCGGACACAGCUUUAGUUUUCGGUCCAAUCGGUUUAACCGUCGAUCCGGUUCAGUUUCGUUAUCACCACCAGCUACAAUAAAAAAACCCUAGUUUUAGGUUCAAGGAGGUAGAAGGAAGAAGAAGAGUUUGCAAUGACGAACAAAAAACGAAAGAGACAAAGACAAGGCAAAAAUGAUUCAUCGAACAAGAUUCAAAAACCAGCUUCUAAUGGCAAACCUUCCAGUUUUCUCGAAAAGAUGCGAGCGAGAUUGUCUGGUGGACAUUUCAGAAUGAUUAAUGAGAAGCUCUACACUUGCACUGGAAAGGAGGCGCUUGAUUAUUUCCGUGAAGAUUCGUCUCUAUUUAACUUGUAUCAUGCAGGAUACAAAACGCAAAUGUCAAACUGGCCGGAACAGCCAGUUAAUGUAAUUAUUAAGUGGCUGAAAAAACAGAGUCCUUCUUUUGUUGUUGCUGAUUUUGGUUGUGGGGAAGCACUCAUUGCCAAAAGCGUGAAGAAUACUGUCUUCUCUCUUGACCUUGUCUCCAACGAUCCCGAUGUAAUUGCUUGUGACAUGGCAAAUACUCCACUAGAUUCUGCAUCUGCUGAUGUUGCUGUAUUCUGUCUAUCAUUGAUGGGAACGAACUAUCAAACUUAUCUUGAAGAAGCAUGCAGGGUGCUUAAGCCAGGUGGCUGGCUUUUGAUAGCAGAAGUGAAGAGCAGAUUUGAUCCAAAUACUGGAGGAGCAGACCCAGAGAAGUUUUCAAAUGCAAUUUCUGAGCUAGGAUUUAACUCCGUGAAAAGGGACUUCUCAAAUAAAAUGUUCAUUUUGUUUUACUUCACCAAGGAAAAACAAAAUUCUAAAAGGAAGGAAAUUGAAUGGCCAUCACUUAAACCUUGUUUGUACAAGCGCCGUUGAGGUUAUGGUUUUAUUUAUACACAAUUGUUGUUUGGACAAAAGUUAAAUCACAUUUUUGUUAGCAUACUUGUCGAUCACAAAAGCUCUUGUAUUUAUCCUGUUCUUUUUUAUCUUCAAGGUUCAUCCCCAAUUUUCUUCUGAGUGUAAUGUGCAUAUUUGCACCUUGUAGCCAAGUGUUGUGGGGAUAGUAGAAUUUUUUUUAUUAUAGAAAGAGAUAAAAGAAGAUUGAUGUAUGAAAUUUCAAUUCUAUUAACUAUACAAUAGGAUCUAAAGUUAAUUCAAGGUAAAGGAGUGUCCACUCCCACUGUUUGAAGGAAGAAGGGGGUUUGUUUGAUCUGAGAAUAUUGAAUUUAAAAAGUUACAUAUUGGAUAUAAAUUCCACAAA